UAAUAAACUUUUGAGUAAACGUGACAACCUGGUAUCGAAUGGUGCGGAUAUUUAUUAAAUUGAGGAGUUAUUUUAGCUGAUAAGAAAUGUGUACGGGUCCAUUUAGAAAAAUAUUCCAUUGGGGACCACUUACUGCCUUGGCAAUCAUCAAAAUAAUCACCACCAUGACAAUUUACUGCAGUAGACAAUGGUGGUCCCCGAAAGAAGGUUUUUUAGCGGCCGCCAAUUUUUUAUUAUUUUUUAGUUUAAGUGGAUCUACUAUUUAUCAUUUUAUGAGUGCCAUAUAUGAAGGUCCAGGAUAUUUGCCAUUAGGAUGGAGGCCUGAAAAUAUAAAUGAUACAAAGUAUUUACAAUAUUGUAACGUUUGCGAAGGCUAUAAAGCACCGAGGUCUCAUCACUGCAGGAAAUGUGGCCGAUGUAUAUUAAAAAUGGAUCACCAUUGUCCAUGGAUAAACAAUUGCGUUGGUCAUUACAAUCACGGAUACUUUACUGCUUUUUUAGCCAGCGCCGUAGGAGGUUGUUGCGUCUCAACAUUCAUUUUAAUAUCAUGGUUGUUAACAGUAAUUACCCGUAGAAAUUACACUUUCCCAUCGCCGUCUGUAUUCACACUGAUACUAGUAGUCUUCACAAUUGGGCUGUCCAUUGGCGUUGUCUUCGCGGUGGGUAUGCUGCUUUAUAUACAAUUGUCAGCAAUAUUACGCAAUACAACGGGAAUUGAAGAUUGGAUUCUCGAGAAAGCCAAGUACAGAAGAUUUGGCACGGAUGACGUAUUUAUUCAUCCGUAUUCUAAGGGACGGUUGUUCAACAUCAAGCAGGUACUCAAGUGGCACUGUACGCCUGAAGGCGAUGGCAUUGUUUGGCCAGUCCGCGAGGGAUGUGAUCAAUACACUCUUACUGUAGAACAAGGAUAUCAAAAACUAGAAAAGCGAAAACGAGCACGAAGAUAUCGUGUUGUAAGUAAUGUAUCUGGCUCUUGGAUACCUGUCACUUAUGGAUGGUGUGUUGUAUGUCAUCCACCUUGUACAGAUGAACCUAGAAUAAAACUUAGCGUUGGUGAUACAGUUAUUGUGACACGUUGGCGGAAAUAUUGGCUGUUUGGAGAAAAACAAGAGACGAUUGGAGAUCCUAAGAAGAGAAUAAGAGGAUGGUUUCCACAUUCGAGUGCCAUCGAGGUCGUGGAGAAUGGUAGAAAUAUACCGACAGAUUUGAAGGACGACUAAAAACUAUCAUCGAUUCACCUCGAGAUUAGUUUAGAGGAUCUGUGUGUUACAUAAAUCUAAACAACUCGCACAUAAAAAUACUGUACAAUCCUAAUUAUUAUUUAUAUAUACAUUUUUAAAUCGUCGCGUUAGCAUUGUUUUUUUUUUUUUUUUUUUUUUUUUUAUUCUUCUUACUGUAAUUUUUAUUUUAUUCUGUAUAAUUAUGAAAAGUCUAUAAGAGGGGCUGUAAGUGCAAUUACAUGAAGUCGAAUUAUAAUGACGCAUAAUUCGUGUUCCGUAAAUCGGAUCCUACUCAAGGAUUUAUGGGAGGACGUUGAUACUUUGUAUGAAUGGUUACCAAGUCAUUUUUUUAAUUUCUUUUAUUUCUUUGUACUCUAUCCGAUGUGUAAAAUAUUAUACCGAGCCGUCAAUUGCUCUGCAAUUUUUUUUUGCCUUGGAAUAUUUCUUUGAUAUGAUCUUACGCUCAUUACUUUGUGGAAUUAAAUGUAAAAUAUUAAUAAUGUUUGUCUGGAAUGUUACUAUCUUCAUUAUUAAUAUGACUUGAAUGAUGAUUGUUACUUAUAAAAAUUGGAGAUUGACAUGAAGAUAAAUUUGCGAUGAGUAUUAAAAUAUAUAAAAUGGUUAUGAGA